AUGCUCCUGAGGGGCGGAAGUGAAGGGAGUGGUGGUGGCGUCCGGCUGCCCCGGUGCAUUCCCCCUCGCCGCGUCACCGUGUCCCCCUGGCCCUUGCUCAACCAUCGGCCUGGGAGGCGGGAGCCUCCUCCGUUCGUUGAAAUCUGGCCAAUUCUUUCCCUCACCGGAGGCAGCGCGACAGGCGGCACUGCCGGAGGCCCUCUCGGAAGGGGGUUCACGUCGGGGGUUCAUGACAGACCCCGGAAAGGAGAGGCAGAGAGGCGAGACUGCAGAGAAAGAGGUUGGAACAUACCAAAGGGAACAAAUCUGAGAUUGCCAUGGGACUCUGUGGAUAAGAGGGGUGCCGCAGCACAUGACCAGGGCUACUCAGGCUACUCACAGGACAUCAAAAAGCCAUGGAAGAGCCCCAAACCAGUGGAUACCCUGCAGCGCAUCUUUGGGACCAGCAGGGUGUUCUAUGACCCAGAGGAGGAUAAUCCAAGGGCCACAGGAUAUACAGUGCCUCUCAGAGUCAUUGAGUACUACCGACAAGGCUAUAAGAGCCUCGAACAGGAACAAUGGGAAAUGGCUGUGUUGUUUUUCUCCCGGGCCCUCCACUUGGACCCCAGGAUGAUAGAAUUCUACGCCUUACGGGCUGAAGCCUUCAUCCAGCUCUGUGACUUUUCCUCGGCGGCCCAGAACCUGCGAAGGGCAUGUUUCCUUCAGCCGGAAAACACCAAGUACUUGGAGCGGCUCACCUUUGUGCUUUAUCUGCAGGGCCAGUCUCUGUUUGAGCAGUGUGACUACCUGAACGCCCUGAAUAUCUUCUUGCACGCCUUUGAGCUCCAGCCCCAGAAAUCCUGCUACCGAUACCGAUGCAUGGCCUGCCUGCUGGCCCUCAAACGACAUCAGGACUGCCUGGCAUUCAUCAACAAGGAGGUGAAGCAAGGAACGACUAAUCCUGACGUCUACCUCCUCCGGGCGAGAAUCUUUAACUUCUUCCAGAAGCCCAAACUCUGCUAUCGCGACCUGCGCAACGCCCUGCUCUUGGACCCCAAGCACCCCCAGGCCAAGAUGCUGCUCCAGCUGAUGGUGGACCAGGCCAAUCAGGCCCAUAAAGAUGCUGGGAUUCUAGCUGUGCAGGGCAAGCUGCAGCAUGCACUGCAACGUAUCAACUGCGCCAUCCAAAACAACCCUCUGGACCCCAGCCUCUUCCUCUUCCGAGGCACCAUGUACCGCCGGCUCCAAGAGUUCGAUGGGGCAGUGGAGGACUUCCUGAAGGCACUGGACAUGACCACAGACCCCCAGAGCGACUUAGUGCGCAAGACACAGCGCCAGCUGCUGCUGGCCUACAACGACUUCGCGGUGCACUGCUACUUAAACGGCGCCUACCAGGAGGGCGUGAUGCUGCUCAACAAAGUGCUCCGGGAGGAGCAGAAGGAGAAGGGCCUGUACAUCAACCGCGGCGAUUGCUUCUUCCAGAUUGGCAACCUGGCCUUUGCGGAGGCAGACUACAAGCAGGCACUGUUGCUGAACCCGCUGGACGAGGGCGCCAACAUGCGCAUGGGCUUGCUGCAGGAGAGGAUGGGCUUCUGUGAGCAGAAGCGCAAGCAGUUCCAGAAGGCUGAAGACCACUUCUCAGUGGCCAUUAAACACAACCCCAAGAAGGCCCAGUACUACCUGUACCGGGCCAAGAGCCGGCAGCUGCUGCAGGACAGCUCUGGGGCCCGCCAGGAUAUUGUCACUUCAAUGAUCCUGAACCCCAACCAACCAAAGCUCCUCUCCAUGAUGGCCAACCUCUUCCCGGGUAUGUCAGUGAAGGAGGUGCUGCAGACCAAAGUGGCCUACCUGGCCAGGCUGGAGCUGGACAGAAUAAAGGACAGCGACUUGCCCGAAAGCCGCCCUGACAGCAUUAUGGGGCUCCUGAGGGUGCGGGAACUGGAACGCCAGAAGGCCCGGAACCUGCGGGUCUUGUGGAAUGUGUCGGCGGCCUCUGAAGAGCAGGAGACCACCCCUGAGCUACAAGGCCCAGGAGGGCCGGCCGCGGCCGCUGAGCAAGAGAAGAAAGAGGAGCCCGCCCCUCCGAUGUCCCUCUCUGAAAGCUACCUCGACCAGACCGUCUCAAGCUCCAUGUUCAGCAGUGAGUCCCAGGCCUGCGGGGCCUGCAGUGCUGAUGGCCAGGGGUCAGGGACUCGGGUUCUGCUGUUGACAGCAGUGUGA